GUCAUCAUGGCGCAGCUGCAGCAGCUCCGGGCGCAGGAGGCGGUGGACUCUAUGGUGAAGAGUCUGGAGAGACAGAACAUCCGGAAGAUGCAGGGCCUCAUGUUCCGGUGCAGCGCCGGCUGCUGUGAGGACAGCCAGGCGCCCACGCAGCAAGUGCACCAGUGCAUUGCGCGCUGCCGUGCACCUCUGGCUCAAGCCCAGGCCCUGGUGACCAGCGAGCUGGAGAAGUUCCAGGACCGCCUGGAAUGGUGCACCAUGCAUUGCAACGACAAAGCCAAAGAUUCAAUAGAUGCGGGGAGUAAAGAGCUUCAGGUGAAGCGGCAGCAGGAGAGUUACGUCACCAAGUGCGUGGAUGACCACAUGAACCUCAUCCCAACCAUGACCAAGAUGAAGGAGUCUCUCUCAUCCAUUGGGAAACAGAUGUCUGCUAUUGGCUAUCGGGGCUGAAGCCAGGAAUCUA